CACCAACAUCCAUAUCCGAUGAUGAAUGCGCGGCGAACGAUGCGAACGAUGCGUGGGUUUGCCUCGGUGGCGCUGCCCGCGCUGCCGUCGACGCCGACGCCGGCCUUUCCUGGCGAAGCUGCCUCGGCGCACAUGGCGACGUCGUACCCAGGCCCGCGCUCGAUCGCGCUGGGCCGCGAGAUGCAGUCGAUGCAGCAAGCCGCGGCCGUCCAGUUCUUCGUCGACUACACCGCGAGCAAGGGCAACUACAUCGUCGACGUCGACGGCAACCGGUACCUCGAUGUCUAUGCGCAGAUUGCGUCGCUUCCGAUCGGGUACAACCACCCGCGCAUCCACGCAGCGAUCCAGGACCCCAAGAACCUCGCCAUUCUGAGCCAGCGGCCGUGCCUCGGAAUCCUUCCGCCCGCCGACUGGACCAACAUGCUCGAGACGACGCUCGCCAAGAUGCAGCCGCCCGGGCUUUCGGAGAUUGCGACGCUCAUGUGCGGAUCUUGCGCCAACGAGAACGCGUUCAAGGCUGUCUUCAUCUGGUACCAAACCAAGGCGCGUGGCGGUCCGCCAACCGAGCUCGACCUGCAGUCCAGCAUGCGCAACGCCGCGCCGGGCUCGCCAGCGCUCUCGAUCUUGUCGUUUGCGGGUGGCUUCCACGGCCGCCUCCUUGGCUGUCUCUCGGCCACGCACUCCAAGGCCAUUCACAAAGUGGACAUUCCCGCCUUGGACUGGCCCGUCGCGCCGUUCCCAAAGCUCACGUACCCGCUGGCCGACCACGCGGCCGCCAACGCCCAAGAGGAGGCGCGCUGCCUCGAGUACGUUGACGCGCUCUUGACGCAGCACAACGUCCAGAAGACCGCGUCGUCCGAGGUGGCCGGUAUGAUCGUCGAGCCGAUCCAAGCCGAAGGCGGCGACAACCAUGCGAGUCCGGCCUUUUUCCGCCAGCUGCGCGAGAUUGCGGCCCGGCACAGCGUCGCGUUUAUCGUGGACGAAGUGCAAACGGGCGGCGGCAGCACGGGCAAGUUCUGGGCGCACGAGCACUGGGCGCUACCGAGUCCGCCGGACGUCGUGACCUUUAGCAAGAAGCUGCAGACCGGCGGGUACUACGCCAAGCCCGAGUUUCGCCCGCAAGAGACGUACCGCAUCUUCAACACGUGGAUGGGGGACCCGGCCAAGAUGCUCCAGCUCCAAGCCUUUGUCGACGCGGUUGAGCACGACCACUUGCUCGAAAACACGCGCAUCGCAGGCGAGUACCUCCAGCAGGGCCUGCACCAGCUGGCGGCGCUCUACCCGAGCGUCCUCAGCAACGUGCGGGGUGUCGGCACGUACGUGGCUGUGGACUUUGCGUCGCCGGCGCAGCGCGACCUCGCGGUCACGCGCCUUCGCGGCGUGGGGCUUCAAUCGGGCGGCUGCGGCGACCGGUCUCUGCGCUUCCGACCCGCGCUCGUCUUUCAGCCCAAGCACGCACGCGAGGCGCUCGAGCUCAUCGACCACGUCUGCAAUGGGCUCAAGUGAACACGUGUGGCCUGUGCUUGCAUGAAAAAUAUAUGGUACUCG